CGACAGACAAACAAUCCUGCUCGAGAACAGAAAAAACCAGCCAAAAAGGCUCUCUCGUCACGUUGCUCAAUGUUUUUCAAACAAUAACACAAUGAGCACCCAGUUUGAGCCUUUGCCCGGCGAUAGGCCCAUCUCUUUCAACCGGUUGAUGGCUCUUAAACAAAAUGGGGACGACACGUUCGAGUCUCUGACCGGGGCAUGGCCACCGGGGCCUAUGAAGAGAGCAUUUGGCGGGCAUGUCUAUGCCCAAGCUAUGUACGCGGCUAGCAAAACUGUCGCAAAAGGGUUUGUGGUUCAUCAAAUGACGGGCUAUUUUAUACUGCCCGGGGCUAUUGAUGUUCCGUUUGAAUAUCGCGUGCGGAGGGUUCGAGACGGUGGCAUAUACUGUCUCAGGGCGGUCGAUGUCUUUCAACAAUCUCAUGCCGCGGCAGAUGGGAGGACACCUUGCUUCACUGCUACCAUGUCGUUCAAGCGGUCUGAAAGGGGUAACAGGAAAUGGCAGCCCUGGGAGUAUCAGAAUGUGCCCAAGGAGCAUAUCAAGACCGAGUACGGCCGUGUUCUGGACGGGCUGAAUCCUCAGGAUCAUAUCCUGGCUCCUGCAAGUGAUGCCUUGUGGUGGAUAGACUCAGACUAUAUGAAGCGCGUGACGCCUAUCUUUCCGGGCGUGGAGACGCGGAAAGUCGAUAUGACAAAAUACAAUGGCCAGGUCGAAUUGGGACGAGGUAUAGAGGGAGAAGCGAUUUCGAAAUACCGACAAUUGCUCUUUUAUCGGCUUUAUCAGGAUGAAGAGGGUGAUGGCGAUGUGGAUCUGAAUCUACAUGCUGCCGCACAUCUUUACACGUCGGACAGAAACUCUUUGUUUCUGAUCCAGCGGGCGCUCGGCUAUGAAAAGGUGGUGUGUUCCCUGGCUUCUCUAUCGCAUACGGUGAUCUUCCAUGGAUUUGCGGAGGAUCUGUGUAUGAUCGGAGAGAAUGGUAAGUCCAAGUGGUUCGUGCAGGAGUCAUGGACGAGCCAUGGUGGAGAAAAUCGAGGGACACAUCAUAGUCUGCUGUGGGAUUGUGGAAAAGGGAAGGUCAUUGCCACAACGAUACAGGAUGGAAUGAUCAGGGUGCCGAAGGAAUCUGCUGACAAGAUCGCGAUGGGCAAGGAGGACAGCGGCAAGGCAAGCAAGCUGUGACAAUGGCCGUUUUCCUUCGAUCAAUCACUUCAGAGAUGCCCCUCAACGGUGGCCGAACGGGUGACGAACAAACAUGCCGUUGCCUUGUGCAGUCUUCAGCA